UUCGUAGAGAGCAGGUAGCUGCACAACCCUUAGCACGACGUCGACUCGAUCCAAGUAUAAAUAGUGGUCGCAGCAACAGAGUCGAGCACAGUCUGAUUCAGUUUGUUCAAUCAAGAUGAUGAAAUUCGUUGUUGCCGCCUGCCUGAUCUUCAGCGUGGUCUCCGCUGACUAUGUUGUCAAGAACAAGGACAACAUGCUGAGCUACCGCGAAGAGUGCGUCAAGGAGCUGAGUGUCCCCGCCGAUCUGGUCGAGCAGUAUCAGAAGUGGCAAUAUCCCAACGAUGCCAAGACCCAGUGCUAUCUGAAGUGCGUCUUCACCAAGUGGGGUCUCUUCGACACCGAAUCCGGCUUCAAUGUGGAGAACAUCCACACCCAAUUGGUGCGUGGAUCGGCCAAUCACGAUGAUGAGUUGCACGGCAAGAUUGCCGCCUGUGCCGAUAAGAACGAGCAGGGUUCGAAUGCCUGCGAGUGGGCCUGGCGUGGAGCCAACUGCCUGCUGAAGAACCACCUCCAGCUGAUUCAGCAGAGCCUGGCACCCAAGGCCUAAGUUAUUAAAG